AACGUUCAUUUCUCUUUGGCAGGCUUAUGAUCGAGCAAUGUUAUGCCAUUCAGUGCCAUCUAGUGUCGGAUUCAGCGGCGGAUUGAGUACGGGUUUGACUGGAUUGCAAGGCAUGCCUUCGAUGGUUGGAAAUGCGAGCUCAUAUAGCGCUUCGUCGAUGAUGGCCAACAGCAGUUCACCGGCCUCAUCAAACGGCGAGUACGCUCGCACUUCCGAUAUGUCAGGCUUUAGCCAUCCAAUACCAUCCUACACUCCGUUUCCAACGUCGAGGCCCGACGACCUCUUUUACGGUGGGCUACGCUCUUCGAUGCAGCAGUCGGCAGCCGCCACUUCGCACUUUCGACCAGAAGAAAAUCGAAAUGUGCCCAUGAGCCUCAAUAACUCCUACCACGAAAGUCUUUUGAGCCAGCUUCCGACAUCCAGAGCGCCUUCCACCUUGCUCUCGCAGCACCAAGAAGAUUACCUAUUAGCAGCCCGUAAUUCAGGCUUCAAUCCAUAUGCCCUAGCUACUUCUGGGCCUUUAGAUCAUUCCAGCUUGCACCCAAGCAUGUACUCGCAUCCUUUUGCUUCCUAUCGAUCGCUGGAAGAGCAAAUGUACAUGGAACGAUAUGGCCUCUUAAGGCCUGGAUCCUCGACUUCAGCUCUACCGUCAGCCAUCCCUCCAUAUCCUCCUUUGGGUUUCCCGUCCUACCUUAAUUUCCGCUACCCAUCACCUGGACUACUCCAUUCCGAUUUGGGACUUGUCAACAACGGCAUGGACUUGAAUAGGAUGAAAUUAGAACAAGAACAACGUAUUAAAGAACGGAUCAGAGAGGAAGAAUUCGCUGCUGCAGCUGCCAGUAAAACUCAGGAAAAUGCCGUUUCAAAUCGGCCGUUGGCUACAGUAACCCCUAGGGAAAACAGCGCAACUAAUCAGGAGCGUAGAGAUCGUGAGCGACAGCGUGAAAAAAGGAGAUCGGAAAAGGAUGUCGAAUCCAACCGAAAAAUUACCGUUCAACUACCCAACGAAUCUUCUUCCGGUCGCGGAGUCAAAGUUCACACCGUGUCUCCCCUCUACGCGUCUUAUCCGGUCAUGGUGGAUCGAUGCAACGACAUCACUGAAGAAACAGCAGCACCUGAGGCUUCCAUAAGUCCCAAUCCGCCGACGGAAGAAGAGAAACGUACCACGGAAUUCUCACUAGGAGCUCUAGAGGCUAUGGCGGCCUUGAAAAAACGUACCAUAUCACCACCACCUCCCCCAGAAGAAGAAGAGCAGCCGAGUAAACCCGCCGAGGAAGAGGUCACAGUCCCGCUGGAUUUAUCUGAUCGAUCUGUUGAAAGUGUCAGUCCGGUUGAAGUAAGCCAAGUUGAAAUUUGCCGUGGCACCUCACACGUCGAAGAAUCACCUGUGCGAAGUUUACUUGAUGUUCGGGUGGAACGCUGGAAGAGGAAACGCCAAAACAGCGAUCCCGGGGAGGAGGAAAACGAUGACGAUCUGGACGAUGAAAUGGGCCAGGAAGCAGCCGAAUCCUUGGUGUCAUUAAGCGUAGAGCAGUGCCUAAAAAAAUAUCCUAUCCCUGAAGGAGUCUCUGAGGAACAACACCAUUUCCUCCACAUGUUUGGUCUUAUUACUCCCAAGAAACGAAGUGAAUUUGAACUGGUGAAAUGCAUCCGCCGACAAAAUAUCUUGCGUGAACCAACGCCUCAGCCUAUCGACGCCGAAGAUGAGGACAGUGCCACCAGUCUUCUAAAGCAACGGACACGUUUUGCAGCCACUUUGGUUCGAUCUGCCACUGAGCCACACAUCAAGGAUCCGGCUACUAAGAAUUUUGCUUCCAGUCUCAACCUUUAUCCGACGGAUGCAGAGGCAGUCGAAAAUCUAGAAAAGUCUUGGAACUUGGUGGUAGCCGACAGAAUGAAGCGCCACUUUGGACAAAAACAAAAUGUACGCAAGAGAUUGUGGAGCGAUACUUUCCGGCCGCUGAAUUUCGACUCAACUUCUCCAUCGACAAACGGAACUGAUGAAUCGAUUAGCAUUGAAGAAACUGGUCCGUUAAUAGGGAACUCAGCCUCCAAGCCUGUGUUUACUUUGCUAUCGCACACACCUACAUUGAACAAACAGUUGUCAGAAGUUUCAAAUAGUGUGGCCAAUUUACCCAAAUUCGAAUUGUCCAACACGGGUUCGCAAUCGACGGUGUGCGAGGCGUCCAAGUUAACUUCAGAAGUUGCGUUUUGGUUACGUCACCUUAAACCAACAAUGGCGAGGACACUAACUUCUUCGUCAGUCAAGGAAAAUGCAUCUGAUCCUACCAAAUCUGAUGAAGGAUCCUCGGCUGAAAAUAGCGACGGUGAAGUUCCCACACGUUGGCCAGGAACAGAUUCCAUCAUGGUUUUGUACAUGGCACAUCAGCAAGAGCUGCUAGUGGAGACCAAGUUUCUUCGGGAGCACUGCGAGCGUCUGCACGUCCAGUUGGCUGAAGGGCAGGCCACCUUGAGUAAAUUAUGUCUAGCACUGAGCUCCUCGGUGGAGGUGCAACGGCGGUGCAAGGAGGAAGACACUUCUACCUUGCAAUCCAUCAGCGAUCUUCAAACCACUUUAAAACUGUUGCAAUCUCCAUGAUUUGUCGUUGGAGAAUAUAGAGUAAAAAGUUUGGUGUUAGCUUGUAAAUAGAGAGUAAAUGAGGCACUGUCAUAUCAGAUGAUGGUAUUUAGGUGCAACUAUCAGUCGAUUUUUCUAUCACUUGUAAAUACGUGCAUCUUGUCGAAGUGUUAUAUCGGACACUCUUCCACUGUUUCAUAUUCAAAACUGUGUUUAGUGUUCGCAUUACUGCCUGUUGAAGCAAGCAAUAAAUUCCCUCUUGAAAAUGA